UCAAUAAAUACUUAAAUGAAAAAAAGGUAUUAUCACCUGGAUAUUACACAGCUGCUGUGAUUUUGUUUUUCCCUUACAUUUAUGGAUCACGGAUCACAGACUGCAUACUGCAUAAAUAGUUAUUUUUAGCUUGUUUCCUGCUUCCGUCUUUUACCUUCACCAGAUGUGAAACAGUCCCAGAUCUAAUGGCUAGAAUGAAAAACCAACAAGAUUUUGAAUCCUGGAUUACCAGGGUCAAAGCAUCCUGCAUUGCGAGCACAUGGGAAGCAAGACAUAACCCUCAUAAAUAGGUUGUGCUGCUGCCGAGUCUUGUUCUCUGCAGAAAAAAUGUGUCCUUCCUCGUUUCAUGCAUGAGUGUGUGAGCAUGCCCAUGGCGGUGCAUUAUGAGCUUUGUACCACUGGAUUGGCCCUCAUGCUGGAAGAGCGUGCUGCAGGGAAACAGAGCAUCACCGUCGCACCCAUAAUAUGAGUCGCUGCACUUGCACUGAGAGUGAACAGGUUGAUGCCACCAAUUUGAUCAAAAAGAGAAACAAGAAUGGCAUGAAAAGAAACAAAGCAAGGAUAAAAAAGUCAGAGACCUCCUCAUAAUCACUCUGUAAUAUAUCCCAAAAGUACUGCUUUGAGAUUAUCCACAGAUUAGGCAGUCUACUAUUCUGUCAGUCAGUGAGCUGUUUUUACCAAAUAUAACCUGAUUCCAAACUAGGGUGUUACAAUACUGGAAAUGUAAACUCAAUACGGAUAGAAAGGAAUGUAUUUGAUUCUAUUUUGAAAAAUCACAGGGGACAAAUGACAAAAAAUAAGGUAUUGCUUAAAAAAAAAAAAAGAUAACAUCAGUGACAGCACUUUUUAAGUUGUCUGGCACAGUGCAAAAAAAUGCUGUAACUGUAAGGUAUUUUAUGCGUCAUCACAAUUGAUCAUCUGCCUCCAUCUCACAGUCACACUAACCCUCUGCAUGAACCUCCUCUCAGGUUUUCUUAUUUUUCUCCUGCCUGGCACCUUAAUAUUCAACAUCCUUUUUCCACCAUCCUUGCUUUAUCCACCAUCCCUCCUCUGUACAUGUCCAAAUCAUCUCACUCGUUCCUCUUUAACUCCCUCUUGAGCUGAGCUGUCCCUCUGAUAUACUCAUUUCUAAUCUUGUCCAUCCUGGUCACUCUCAGUGAAAAUUCUAGCAUCUUCAGCUUGGCCUCCAUCUCCAAACUAUAAUCACAGCAGGUGUCUCUAUCACCUUGUAACCCUUACUUUUCACUGUUGCUGCUAUCCUUCUGUCACAAAUCACCUCUGACACUCAACUCCACCUACUCCACCCUGCUGGCACUGUCAUCUUCAUGUUUGGCCCCAGGUAUUUAAGCUCAUCCACCUUUUCUUCCUCUACUCUUGGCAGCUCCACUGUUACACCUCUCCCUCCCAUGAACACACAUGUAUUCUGUCUUAAAUUCCUCUUUUCUCUGGAGCAAGCUUCUACCUCUUCAGGUUUCCACCUGCUCCCACCACACACUCCCACACCUGCUACUGCUUACUUUAACUGUAAGGUAUGACAAAAUGAUUGGACCACUUGUCAUAAAAAAACAAGAAAACACAAAGAUUGUAGAAAACUGUUAAAAACCUCAUGUUUUUAUUAGGCAUAUAGCAAACUGAAAUAUUGUUUUAAUACCCAAAUUCGAGCCAGCACUGGACUUCUUUGAGAAAUCAAAAAUUAAUUAAACAUUCAACCGCUAAAACUAAUUUUUCUGCUCAGGAAUGCAUUUAGUUUUAACCGCUAGCUUAACAGCUGUAACUAUUAUUAUCAUCAUUAUUAUUAUUAUUAUUAUUAUGAUAGAUUUGUAUAGCGCCUUUCAAAUGGCACUUUACACAAGAGUAGAAAACAGGAAGGUUUUGUUGAAGAGAUGAGAAUUUGGUAGCCUAAUAAAUAAAGAAUAUUAAUAAUAAUGAUGAUAUGCUUUAUGACAUGAGCUUUUUGGAAAACAUAGCAUUCAAAUUUAGCAUUAAAAUGCAUCAUUUUGAUUGAGGAGCUUGUGCAUACUGGUGGUUGAACCUUAAUAGAAAUAUUAAAAGUUAUUGCCUAAUUUCUGGCAGCUGUGGAAUAAACCUUUUAUUUGGUGGUCUAACAAAUUUGUUACGCAUUACUAUAUAUUCUUAUUGUUAUUAUUUUACUUUUGCUUGAGGCAGUGCUGUACUUCUAGGCCCUUACCUCCAUAUGUCGUUGCUCAUCAGAGUUGUUAAGAGAGAAGGCGACAGGGCAAGUUCCAGCCGUUCAGACGACUGUUUGGGAAGAAGAAGAAAAGACAGGCGAGAGGGGGCUUUGAUGGAGCAGAGCUAAAAACCAGUUUUUCCACAGGGGAAGUGUGCAAUGGCGUUACAUCUGAUGACGAGUCCGAUCAAAAUCUGAGGGAGUUGAAUCCCAUCGGAUCUCGAGCUCUCUCACACGACAGCAUCUUCAUUCCAGAGGAACCUGUGAAGGAGGCUGGUCUAGAUCACAGCAUGUCCCAGGAAAACGUGUCGGAUAAAGUUAGGAAUCUGCAGAGGCAGAUAGCACAAGGUAUAAAGUUUGGCCAAAGGCCUCCUUCUCUGAGAAGAAGUGAGGGAGAUGAGGGCAGCUCAGAUGAGGAAGAGGUUCCGCGUAGCCCUCUGAAAGUUUUGGCCCAGGUAGAAGCCGAGCCACUAAGAACAGAGCCAAAGCAGGUCCAGGGAGGUCAGCCAUUUGGACCACACAGCCCUCCUGUGAAGUCUCCAAGGUCCAAACGAGUUCUUCCACUCACUGGCACGAUUGAGUCCAUCAACCUUGAUGCCGUCCCUCAGUCUGUUCCUCGCUUAGACAACGCCGCCGCCAAACAUAAACUCUCUGUCAAGCCGAAAAACCAGAGGGUUUCCCGCAAGCACAGACGAUUCACACAGGACCUCCAAGAGGUAUCCAUUCCUAGUUUGGUCCAAGAUGACCUCGAAGCAGCUGGCGUCUCCACAGACGACCAGCGUAGAGCGUCUGUUGAGUCCCUUGAAAGCUUCAAGAAACAAAGACUCCAUGAGGAGGAAAGACAGGAGGCGAGGAGGAUGAGAGAGCUUGAGGAGCUGAGGUUCAGACAGGAGGAAGAAGAGAGGAAGAGGAGAGCAGAGGAGCUGAGGCUGCGUGAACUGGAGGAGGAGAGAUGUCGUAUGCAACAGCAGGAAGAGGAAGCAAGGAGGCUGCGCGAGGAAGCAGAGAAAAAGAGAAUGGAGGCGGAGGAAAGGAGGAUCAGAGAGGAAGAGGAAGCAAGGAGGCUGCUAGAGGAGGCAGAGAAAAAGAGACUGGAGGAGGAGGAAAGGAGGAUCAGAGAAGAAGAGGAGGCAAGGAGGCUGCUAGAGGAGGCAGAAAGAAAGAGAAUGGAGGAGGAAAAGAGGAUCAGAGAAGAGGAGGAGAGGAAGAUCAGAGAGGAGGAGGAAAGGCGGAUCAGAGAAGAAGAGGAAAGGAGGGUCAGAGAAGAAGAGGAAAGGAGGAUCAGGGAGGAGGAGGAAAGGAGGCAAGAGGAAGAGCGCAUGAGAAGGCUGGAGGAGGAAAGGAGGAUGCGAGAAGAGGAGGAGCGUCGACAGCAGGAAGAAGAGGAAGAAAGGAGACGACUAGAAGAACAAUGGAGGAAAGAGGAAGAGGACAGGAAGAGGCAAGAGGAGGAGGAAAGGAGGAAGCAUGAGGAAGAGGCAAGGAGGCAGCAAGAGCUUGAGGCUGAGAGGAGGAGGAAGCUGGUAGAAGAAGAGGAACAAAAGAAAGAGGAGGAAGCAGAGAAACUGAGGAUGUGGGAAAUGGAAGAAAAGAAAAAAAAGGUAGCAGAGGAGAAGAGGAAAAUGGAGGAAGAGGAGCAAAGAAGGAUGUCAUUGGAGGAGGCGGAUGGGAAGUUUGACCCACAAGAGAUGAAGAGGAGAGCUGAAGAGCUACGCUGGAGGGAGAUGGAGGAGAGACAGAGGCCAUUUUCUUUUAAAGUGUCCUCUGGUGAGAAACAGAUUCUCUUCCAGAAGGUCAAUCUGACGCCUGUUACACCAGCCUCCAGCCACCAGAGCGCUGCUGUCGCUUGUCAAAGAGAUGGAGCAAAGGCUUCCUCCUCUGAAGGACCAGACUCCCCCAACCUGCCAGCAUCUCCAUAUGUCCCCCAUACAGCCAUCCUAGUGACAGGCGCCCAGCUAUGUGGGACAGCUGUCAAUUUAGACCAGAUCAAAGACACCGCCUGCAAGUCCCUGCUGGGUUUGGGAGAGGAUAGAAAGGCCCAAGGAACACCGCCAACAAAGAGCAAGACUUCCCCAGAACGCAAGUCUGGAAAAACCAAAUCCCUCAAUGAGUCUGCGCUCUCUACCGAUCAGUCCAGUGCGGCCGUCCUGGCAGAAUGGGCGAGCAUCAGAUCAAAGAUAUUCAAGGGGGUAGAGGAGGGGAAGUACGGCGAGUACCCAGAGCCGAGCAGGAGCCAGUCUCAGUCCAGCGCUGAAGAACAGCCUGUGUUUGCCCACACUAACCUCAGGAAGACCAUGUCUGCUAGCGCCAAGUUCUCCAUCACCCCUGCAAGGAAGAAGUUUGGAGAUUCAAAUAGGAACUCUGAGGUGUUUGGUGCAGAAGAUAAAGAAGCAGGAGAUGAAGUUGCUCCACCUGGAAGCCCCACUGUAGCCUCUCCCUCUCCAUCAAGUAAACCUCAGAACAGGACAAGUAAAAGUGUCCGCAUCAUAGAAAGAGGGUCAGAUGAGUGUAUGUUUGCCAAAGACCUUCCUUCUUUCCUGGUUCCCAGUUCUGAAAUUCAGUCUGAAGAGGCAGAGUUGAAGAGCAGAGUUCAGAGUGAAACAGAGGCAUCUGAAAGCAGAGUGGAGGGAGAGGAGCAGGGCCAGGACAGUGAGGAGAAGCCUUCUCCUUUCGGCAUAAAGCUGAGGCGGACCAACUACUCUCUGCGUUUUCACAGCGAACAGUCCACAGAGAAAAAGAAGAAACGCUACAGUGCUGGGGACAGCUUUGAUGGCGUCCCUUCGCCUCUUACCCCCAUUGAGCCAGACUCUGAUGCCUCUUCUGUCUUUUCUGACAAAUCAAGCCCCACGUCACCUCAGAAAGAGGGUGCGGUCAGCAAGUAUUUACAUGCAUCUGCCUCUCCUGCUUUCCCCCGGGGUAAACUGACGAAGUCUCCCAGCCCGACUCCACACAGUGAGGGUGAGAAAGUGUUUUCCAAGCCACCGCUCUACCGCAGACCAGUGACAUCACCUAAGCCUACAGGUGCAGCCCCAACACCUCCUCCAUCACCGCUACCUAAGGUAGUUCAUGAGCCUCCCAGUGAUGAUUCAGUGGAGAGUACAAUGGGUGUGGAUCCAUCCAUCCAGGAGCAAGCCGGAAGGAGUGAGGAACCUUCAGCGGUGGCAAUGCUGCACAGGAGCACCCAAAGUCAUGUCCAAGGGGAAGAAGAGCCGAAGGAGAAGAGAUCAUUCUUCCCCUCCAUUAACAUACCCUGGAGAGAGAAGGCAGACAGAAAGACAGAACUUAUCAGGAAAGAAAAACCAUCCCUACAGAGCAGGCACUCACUGGACAGUGCGAGGGUCCAGGAGAAGGAGGCCGGACCUUUGUGGAUCACACUGGCUCUGCAGAAGCAGAAAGGCUUUAGGGAGCAGCAGCAGAACCGGGAGGAGCGUCGUAGCCAAAGAGAGGCCAAGCUUGCAGAAAAACAAGCUAGAGAGCGAGACAGUGUUACGCUGGUGAGCCCCACAGACAGCAAAGGAAGUGGAAACAUCAGUCCUUCUUCUAAACCUCAGACGCCAGAGGAGCCCAAGAGACCAGAGAGCCUCCUGGGAAAAUUUGAACGCCGGGAGCACCUAAAGAAGGCUAACACUCUACCGAGCUCUGUCACUGUCGAGAUUGCAGACUCUACACCAUCUCCACCUGCUGUCAAAGAGGUGUCAAAGCGCUUCCCCUCCAGUGACUCUCCGCAGGUUUCCACAGAGCCUGCCUGGCUCGCUCUGGCCAAACGAAAGGCCAAAGCCUGGAGCGACUGUCCUCAGAUCAUCAAAUAACACCUCAAACCACCAGCUACACACGGGACUCUGGCCUGCAUCGAGACUGCACACUGCCCACAGACUCUGAAACACUUGGAUUGUCACCAUUAACUGUCCCUCCCCUCUGAGAACUCCACCUCUCACUUCUCACAAUGAAAACUCUUCCCGACUGUGAAACCAGUAAAGCUCUCCAUCUCCUCCUAACCCCCCCACAUACACUGGCUGGUACUAUUAUCAUGUUAAAGUGCGCUUCACAUUCACUUAAUCCGAUACAGCCGCACAGAUAUAAACAAUUGAUGCGAGCAUGCACAUACUGUAUAAAAACGUAAAUUAUAUGUCUCUUAAACUCCUGCAGCCAAUUGCAACCAUGGUUGGCCAUUGCAAUAGCCAACCUUUUUUCUUUUCUUUUUUUUCUUUUUUUUAAAUUGUGUAGCCAACUGUGUCACCAUGGUUGUAAAUAAAUCAUUUGCUCAACACAAUAUAACACUUCUGUAUUAUAGAGGUGAAGCUCUGAUCUAUGACAGUGUUUAAUCAACAGAGGGUAACUGUCUGAAUCAUGUUUUAAGGGCUACCAGUUUAAACUCAGCACGAACCUGCUUCUGGAAGUGUUACAGGCAUCCCCUCUGUCCUUCUUGGCGUUAUUUAUGUAAAGCAGCAGCUCUCUCUCUUUCCUGUAUCUUUUCUCUGAGCCUUGUUUUUCAUCUACAAGAGAUGCCUUUUUUUAUUAACACAUACUGGAAAAUCUUAGCUUAACAAUUCUCACUGUGCCCGUGACGACUGUGAUAGCUGUCCAAGGAGCUAUUGUACAAUUUUGCCAUGAUUUAAAAAAAAAAAAAAAAAAAAAAAAAAAAAGAAAAAAAAGAAACAUGGUGGGUGCACCUAAACACAGCACUGAAGACCACAAGUGUUACUGGGCAUUUAUGGUGAACCUGCACCUCAUCCUCACAGCUGUGUGACGAUGUAAUUUGGAUUUUUUAUUUUUAGGCUUUGCUUAUUGGAGACAGAUGCGACACCUCCUAGCUGUAGACCUACGACUCUUAUAGCUGUCCUCCUGUAACACGCUCGUCUUAGUAGGCUUGCGCCAUCACUUCCUCUUAAAUGUGAUAUGAUCCUACAUAAUGUAAACAUUUCCUCUAUGAAGAAAAAAAAAACUUGAUUCUUAUUUCCUGCCACUCACUUAAUGAUCUGUAUCUAUGUAAGUAUGUACUGUAUGUAAGUGGAAGGCAUUGCCAGAGGUUCGGUCAAAAAGAGGGCCCUAAAAGAGGUAGACUCACUGUCAUUUUGUCUCUAACUUUGGUCGUGCACAAUAGUGUAGUGUACGCAGUGUUGUAUGUAACAAAAAAUGUUUGGUAUUAUUUGCACUUUUUUGUCCCACUUACAGAUACGAAAAAAAAAAUUCUUAAAGAGAUAAAAAAUGUUAUGAAUAAUGUAAAUUAAAUACUGAAGUCUGAACCACAGAA